GCGGGCGUCAAGAGAUAAGCCCGACGCGCCUCAGUGCUCGCGAUGGAAGCCGUCGUGCGCCGCGUGCUGCUGCUGGCGCUGGCUUCGAGGGCGGUCGCCGCCCAAGUAGCCUCCUCGGACGACCUGCUCAGAGCCAUGAGGAACCCUUGCAGCGACGACAGCGACUGCUACUGGCUGCUGGACUCGCGGUGCUCCACCGGCCUGUGCAAGUGCGACGAGGGGCUGGCGCCGGACUACAGCUCGGGGAGCAGCGCCUCCUGCGUCAGGCUGGCGGUGUACGCGGGCGAGCGCUGCAGCACGGACGCCAAGUGCCGCGGCCUGGGAGACAACGCGCGCUGCUUGCCCGACGCCACCGGCCAGGGACACUGCCUGUGCGACGCCAACCACCACUUCCUGCAGGGCAGGUGCUGGCGGAGCGUCGGCCUGGGCGGGCGCUGCACCGGCGACGUGGACUGCUACCUCAAGAGAGACGCGCACCGCGUGGCCUGCGUCAACUCCACGUGCAGCUGCAUCCCCGCCGGCUGGUUCUUCCCCAGCGAGGACCGCCUCUCCUGCGUGGACUCGGCUAGCGGCGUGGCAGUGACCGUGUCGCUGCUGCUGGUGGGCGUGGCGGCGGCUCUCUGGCGCUAGUGCGGGUGUCGCGCGCAUGCGCGGUGCGGCUCGGCCCGCGCCCGAACAUGUCCGAAGUUCACACGCUCACUCGUGCAACUUCGCGUUUGAAAAAAUAAGAAGGAACAAAAAUCGUGAGAUUUCAUGCGUUUUCACGAUUGCGGAAUAUUUUAAACGACGCUGGCAUAACUUAUUCAACCUUACGUUCAUGACGUGAAAAAACUUACAAACAACCCUUCCCCCCCCCCCCCCCUCCAUUUUCCUUCUCUCUGGGGAAAAAAAUCUAUCAAGAACGAAAUUGAUCGAGAAUGUUAGUUAUGUGACAUGCGUAACCUAACAUCAUUUUAAUCUUUGCAACAGAAAAAAAAAGUUUCGUGUACUUUAAGUACACGAGUCAUAAGUUCUACUUUCUUGGCGUAAUAGAAAACUAACUGUAAAUUUGCUUACUAAUAAUUUAUAGAAAUAGAUUUUUAAAAGGCCUCGAGUAAUAUUAUUUACACGGUUAGUAAAGUAUAAAUUCAAUCAAAAUAAUUUUUUUUUUCAAAAAUACAUUCUUAUAUUUAAGUGUAUAAAAUUAAUUAUUAAAUUUAGUGGACUAAUCGAGAUGAAUUAAUAACGAAACUCAAAAAAUAUCCUGAAUGUUUAUUCUAAUUUAUUAAUUAUAAUUAUUUAUGAAAAUAAUAAUGUAAAAAAACAAAAACAAGUUGUACGAAUGCGGAUCGUUGGCACUUCUGACUCAGGGUCAAUGAAUAGUUAGUCCCACCUACCCCCUUUUCGCUCCUCCCGCAUAGAGCCUGCUCUAGAUUGUUCCAGUGGCGACCGCGGGGAACUCCGGCUUCCGCGUUACCGACACCACGAUCCUGUCAAACCUCGUGACCGGACUGCGGUCUCCACUAGCGGAGUUUCCUUAUUCUCAACUGUUUGUUUUAAUAUACAUAUAUAUAUAUAAUUAUAUAUAUAAUUUUGAGCAAAAUAACUAUGCAAUUAGUAACCCAAAAAGUACUUAUUUAAUUUUAGACUUUUUUUUUAAACGGAAACGUCUGUAUGAAGGGUAUG